AUGCGGCCCCCUUUAUCGGUUGCUCCAAAUAUGAGCAGUGCGGAUGCGCCGAUGGCCUUGCCAGCGCGCAACAGGCAGUCUCUUCCAAGUCUUCCAGGUUACUUAUCUCGCUGGUCUCCUUCAAUGAGGAUCGAAAAGUGUUACUUUUGCUCGACAAACGUUUAUCCAGGCCAUGGAACUGCAUUUGUGAGAAACGAUGCUAAAGUAUUCCGGUUCUGCACAUCAAAAUGUCAUAAAAACUUCAAAAUGAAGCGCAAUCCUCGAAAAGUACGCUGGACGAAGGCGUUCAGGAAGGCUGCUGGGAAGGAGAUGACGAUUGAUUCCACCAUCGACUUCGAGAAACGCAGAAACGUUCCAGUCAGAUACGACAGAGAACUCAUCCAGACGACGGUCAAAGCUAUGAAGAGAGUGGGAGAAAUAAAGGCACGCAGGGAACGAGCAUUCUUCAAACACAGAAUGGCUGCGAGUCGGGAAAAGCACAAGGCGCACCGCAAGAAGGCGCUGGAAGCUGCCAAAUCUUCUGUCAAAUUGCACGAGCCUCUAUCGACAGAGUCGUCCAGAGAGAGGAUCACGGUCGCCGUCAAAUCAAAAAGUGCUCUCAUUCAAGGAGACGGCCGUUCUAUGGGGAUGGAGAUAGACUAG